CAAGUGUCGCUUCCUCGCGCCGUGUCGCCAGCUGGAUGGGGAUGCCCAGCCGGCCUCUCGCAGGUGUCCUUCACGCACCAUCCCCCUCCACUACCUGUCCCCUUCCCCUCCCCAACCAACUCCCUAGCCUUUUCUCCUGGCAACGGGAGGGCUGACCCCAUCCCCUAAAGCGCCAGCAGAUCGCCAAGUCGCAGACCGGAGACCCUCCCCACAAAACCCCUUCUCCCCCUCCCUCUCUACCCGUCCACUUGAGACUUUCCUGUUCCACUUUUCGUUGCGAGGGUUACAUUGGCCGGCCCCAACGGGCUUUGGCACACACGUUCUCCUGUUGCCACUUGAGGUCGCGCGGGGCCAACUCGCUCCCAUACACCGACUUCAACCUCGCGGCCUCUCUGCUGGCGGCGACAACAUGGCGGUGGAAGGUGGAGCCGGCGGUGUCGUCUGGGAUGAAGCUGCAGGAUCCCGGGUUAAGGUUGUGGUGGUAGGGGACGGGGCGGUGGGCAAGACGUCCCUGCUGGUCAGCUACAUCAUGGACCGCUUCCCCGCCGAGCACGUCCCCACGGUCUUCGCCAACUAUGCCAAGGAGACGAUGGUGCUUGGUGAGCAUAUCCACAUGUGGCUGUGUGACACAGCGGGCCAGGAGGAGUACGAUAGGUUGCGGGUGAUGGCCUACCCAGACACAGGCGUCUUCCUUGUGUGUUUUUCGAUCACCGACCCGUCCUCGUUCCACAGCGUGGCUGACAAGUGGUACCCGGAAGUUCACUUUCACUGUCCAUCAGCCCCAUGUCUGCUUGUCGCCACCAAGCUUGACUUGCGGAGCAGCGAGAUGGAGAAAAGCCGCCUGGCUAAAGACGGUUUGCAGAUCAUCAGUCUGGAGCAGGGGCAGCAACUCGCGGAGAGGCUGGGCAUGCAGGGCUACAUGGAGUGCUCGGCCCUGACGCAAGAAGGCCUGUCGGAGGUGUUUGAAUUCGCAGCGCGGUUGGCGUUGUCGUCGGAGGCUACCAGUCAGCGGACACAGAAGUCUUCGUCAGGUUUUAGUUUCAGACGAUGCCGAAUGCUGUAAUGGCGUCAGGCUCGUGUGUUCACAGGACACAGCGACUGACUGAUCUACCUGCAGUCUCAACCACAAUGGCCGACACACAGAACAGCUCGUUAUGGCAUCUGACACUUGCGCACGUGUGUGUUUAUGUGUGUAUGCGUGUUUAUGAAGGUGCAUUGAAUGCCUGUCCUUAACGGUGUUCGCUUGAGCCCCCGUAUGUAGCACUUGAGCUCGGCUGAUGCUCUGAAAGGCACUACAUAAAUGAUCAGUAUCAUCGUCAGCCACCGUUUUUCGUUUUUUUUCUCUCUCUGAUCAUCGUACAUCAUAUCUUUCUGUUCGUCAUGCUUGUGCUGAACCUUAAAAUUCAGUGAAGAACUUUACAGACCUGUCUCAAAUGCUUCAUUUGACCAGUCUGUUUAAAAAAAAAAAAAAAACACGAGGAGUUUCAAAACAAAUUAUCUGUCACAUAUUUCUUAUUUUCUUUAUCUUCACUUCCUAUGAAAGAGCGGCCGCGCUUGCAUGUAAUUUUUCCUGAUGCCUUGUGUGCCUACUUUAUGAUGGUGAUAGAGGUGGUGGCUAUUGGAUUUAUUCGCUUAGUUCUAUAUGUUUGAAUCUUUUUUGUGAUUUACUUGUAACCAACACGUCAGUGUCUGAUGGCUAUACGUAGAGUGGGCUAGUCGUACCAGAAACAACACAAAGAUCGAAUUUCCUCACUGAAGUUUUUUAAAUCAGUUUCGCUCGGCCGCUGGCCUAACUUCUCUCUCUCUCCAAAUUCACAAAGGUCCCACACCACUGUCAGCCCUGCUAUUUAUUUUCCCUACCCUCGAACAUUCUAGAGUAUCUAGACCUUCCCCGGCAACAAGGACAUUCUACUUUGUCGCAACAAAGACAUUUUACUUCGUACAUUACUACAGUGUUGAACAUUGUAGAAUCUAUAGAUGCAGAACAUUCUAGAAUCUAGAUGCAAUCUGGAACAUAAUAUCCUCCCCGCACAAAGACAUUCUACUUUGUCGCAACAAGACAUUCUACUUUGUACACUACAGUACUAGAGUGCUACAUACUUAUUGCAAGGAACUGAGAAAUGUAUACAGUGCAUGGGUUUGCUUAUGCAAUGUUUAAAAUUUAAUAAACACAAGAUGUUUA